GGGGGGAAUGUUGGGGGGGGGGGUUCUUUGCUUUAAGUUUUCCUUUUCAGAGUUUCUCUUAAGGUUUAUUUUUGGACAAGGAUGUUGAGAUACUAUAUUCUUCCUACACUGGUUAUUGUUUAGUUCAGUCAGAGUCAGGUAUGAAAUAGGUAAGAGAGAGUAUCUCAAGUCAGCCAAACAUCUUUUCUCUUUAUGUGGGAGAGCCAGUUUUAAUGGCUUUUCAUGGUAUGAUUUUAAGCGGGGGAUCAUAUAAAAUGCUGCUCUUCAGAUUGUGUGUUGGAAUUCGUGGAGUUGUUAAGAGAAGGGAAUUAAGUGAAAUCAUAAAUGUGGUGUUUCUGACUGACUGUAAGAGUGAAAAGUUUGAAUGAGACCAUGGUGUUUCAGUUGCUUUGUUAAGAAAAUGCUGAUAGUGUAUGUACCAUGGGAAGAUCUAUUCCAUAAAUGUAAUAUGCGUAAAAUUAUGGGAUGAUUUCUAGGGGUUGUAGUAAUACGUUUGGCAAAUCUACAUUUUACAGUUGUAGGAUAGGAAACUCUUAAAUGUAGGCAUGUCACUGUUUCAUAAUCUUGAGAGGCUAUGAGGAGGAAAUGACAAGUUUAGUGUGGGAAUUGUGGGCUGGAAUGCCAAAUGUAUCUGUUUUAACCCUCAUGUAGCAGUUACUUUUUCAGGUUUGUAUGUCUCUUCAACUAAAACUAAACAUAGCAGCAUUAUGCAAUCUAGUAAAUUGUUGCUACCUUCAGAGAAGACAGAGGCCCAAGGCAACGUACUGUAAGUCCUCUUUUCCUUAAAAUUCAUAUUCUUCUGUGCUGCUUUUUAAAUUUGUACUCUUCUGAGCUGCUUUUUAAAUUAAAUCCCACCAAACUAUACAUCCAGAUAUCAUCAUAGGCAAAUGUCUAUCUUACUGUUCUGCUUACUAAUGAACUGGGUUUCUGUGGCUAAUGGGAUUGAUUUUUUUAAUAUUUUUUUUUAGUUUUCAAGGUAGAAAUGGUGGAAAUUCUUCCUACCAUUACUUCCUUAAAGUUACUGCUGUUAAGCUCUAUGUUUUUAAAACACUAUAUCCUUUGUCUGUUGGGAAUUAACUCCUUAGUUCAUGUUUUUCAUGAUUUUCUACUAUCUAAUCAUGAAUGUGUUUUUUUUUUUUUCCAUAACAAGCAUAGGAAACUAGGAAACAGGAUGGGCAAUUUUGGCCCAACAAACCUAUUCAGUUUUGAGCUGAAGCCCCUGCCAGCAUUUCUGAAAAUUAAAACAAUGUGUUUUUUAAAUGUUUUCCCUAUAAUAUUUAUGUACACUUUUUUAUCUUCUAGACAAAAAAGACAGUUAUGAAGGUGAAUUUACACUCGUGAUUAAGACUGUUGUAUUUACUGUGGCUGGUCCGCCCCAGAGGUUCUAUGCAUUCCAUGUCAUAAUUGCAACCUACAUUUUCUGUUCCGCUAUUUUAUGGUCAGGCCCAUUAUUAAAUGAUUUUUAUCAUGCUAAAACAAAAACUCCUUGGUAAAUCAGUUGUAUUCUGUUUUUGCAAAAUGGUUUUAUUUGCAAUAAAUUUACAAUAUUAGGCUGCUAUUCAGAAUUCCAAGAUCUGGGGCAGGUUUUUCUUUAUUUCUUGCGGUUUUUGUUUGUUUGCUUUUUUUCUCUCUCUUUAGUUCAUAGCAAUGAUACACUUUAUAUUUUUUUCCUUCCAAGACUUAGGUACUUAGGAAUUCUUUCUGUGGAAGAAGUUUAAACUGUUUAACCUGCUUACCAUCUGUGUUAAGCAUCUGUGACAAACAUACUGAAAGCUCACAGACUGGUCUAAAAGUGUUACAAAGUGGUAGUUAAUACCUAUUUUAGUACAUAUUUUAGAAAAAAAAAGGAAAAUAGAUGUUGCAGAAGUCACAAAAUUAAAGGUUGAGAUUUGCUGUGGCGUUUCACUUCUGCUUAAAUUUGCAUAACUAUGCACACCUACCGAGUUUGUGCAACACUGAGGAAUGUAUUCAAGUGCAUUUACUACUUGCAUAUGUUGAUAAGCUAACAAUAAUGUUUUGUAUUAGCUUUAAUAUAUUUAGUUAGUACAUUAAGAGGUUGGUUUGUUAAAUUAAGGGAUUAGUUUGUGUUGCUGAAAUGCUUCCCUCAAGAAGAGCAAAGACAAAUUACACAAACUUUGGGUUUGGUUUGAAUAUUUCUGGAAAGUGAGACUAACUUUUUUUUUUCUCCAAAGCAUCCUACAGCCUAAAGAAAAGUUUUACUAAAUCUUUAAAAUGAGAUUUUUAAGAGGAGAAUUCACCAGAAUUAACACUGUCAUUGGGAGAUAGGCAUUCCAAGACGAGACGUUUAAAGGGCAGUAUCUUUUCUAGAGAAAUUUAAACCACUAGUCCUUUGGACAGUGCCUUAUCAUUAAUAAAGGCAUAGGCUGUGCAAGGUUGUUUAAUCAGUGUAUUAUCUAAGAUCAAUUUAGCUUUUUGGAUAAAAGUCUAGUGAUUACCUCUUGUUUUGUCAUGCCUGUCUGAAUUAUUAACUCUUCUUUUUACACAGCUAAGAUGCUUCUUAGAUGACCUAAUUUGUAUUGCUGUUGCACAUCAAAAAAGCACUGUCACCCACCUUGUAUGGGUGACAAACACAUCUUUAAUUAUGGGCUUUUGAAAGAGUGCUUUAAGCUGAAUUUAGGCUCUUUUCACUGGGAGAUUAGUUCAUAUCUUAACAGUGCAGUCCAUCUGGAUGUUUUUGUCUUUGCCCAGUUGCAUCUCUUGAGCAUGUAAUAACAAUUUUCAGUUUAUUGGAGAGGAGAAGGUAAAACUCACAAGCAUGCAGUUUAAAAGAUAGUGCUUCCCUUUGACAGUUUUAGUCUGUUUUAGCCAAGUAAGUGAAAGACCAAGUUCACCUCUGAGCUGAAGAGAGUAGUAUUUUUGUAAUUUGUUUAAUCUGUUGCCUAUUUCUUUGCAUUAUAACGUAUGCAGUGGUGUCACCGUCAGUGGGACUGAGUACCAUGUUGUUAGGAGUUUGAGAGAGAGGCUGUUGUGCAGAGCUCUUUCUGUGCUUACAAAGAUAGUGUUUCGUUGACACUUUUGGUCUGAUUAUUACUUGUGCAGUAUGUAGGCCUUUGAGAAAAUGAUAAAAACAAUAAGUGUGCAAAUAAGGCACUCAACACUAAAUAAUGUCAAAUUUGUACUCUUAGGAACUGAGCUCAGGGUUGUAAAAUGUUUAAAUGGUUAUUUUAUGGUUUCAUAUUUCUUUUAAUUAACAGUAUUAAAACAAACGGUAAUGUAUGUCUCCACAAUUUAUUUACACCCACCAGUGAGGACCAUCUCACUUGUAAAUAGAAGUUGGAUCAAGUUUCUGUUCUUAAAGUUGGUUUUGGUGUUAAAACUGGGGAGACGUGGCACCUUUGAGAGAUGAUCAAAGUACAUUAAAUAAACAGUUUGCCCAUUUUCAUGCAGAAACGAACCGACAGUUUUUCCAGCCUGUUAUGUACUAAACUGUGAUUAAGAUAUGAGUGAGUCUUAAUGGAGAAUGUGAGUUUAUUCUUAUAGUUUUCCCACUUCUGAACAUUGAGCUCUACUGUUUUUCAGGAGUGAGUAUGAAAGUUCUUCAGACCUCUGUCCUUACAGUCUCAUCUCUCUCUCUCUUUUUUUUUUUUUUAAAUGGGUAUAUAAUUUUUUAUUGUUCGGUGUAAUUUUUAUUGCUGAGCAGAAGACUCAUGUAAAGUUCAAGCCUGGAUCUGCUCUUGUGCAUCUUGGUUAGAAAAGCGUAGAACGGAGUGAGGAGACCAGCACAGAGAGCCCUAAACAGGACCUUCAUCAAAGCGGUGCUUGGAGAGUGAUGGUCUUAAAAUGAAACGGUGCUGUGAGGGUGUUGGGCUGCCAUGCCUGUUUAAGGGUGUUGGUAUGGCCAGCUCCCAGCCUCCAAAGUACCUCCUCAUCUUCGACUUUGAUGAGACCAUCAUCAAUGAGAACAGCGAUGACUCCAUCAUCAGGGCAGCACCAGGGCAGGCACUUCCAGAGCACAUCCGUCAGACUUUCUGUGAGGGCUUCUACAAUGAGUACAUGCAGCGUGUCCUGACGUACAUGGGAGACCAAGGUGUCAAAAUGGGGGACUUCAAGACUGUAUAUGAGAAUAUUCCCCUGUCCCCUGGCAUGCCUGACCUCUUCCAGUUCCUCUCCAAGAACCAUGAAGUCUUUGAGAUCAUCCUCAUCUCCGAUGCCAAUAUGUUUGGCAUUGAAUGCAAUCUGAGGGCAGCUGGUUUCUACUCUCUCUUCCGCAAAAUCUUCAGCAACCCAUCCAGCUUUGACAAAAGGGGGUACUUCACCUUGGGGCCCUACCACAGCCACAAGUGCCUUGACUGCCCAGCCAACAUGUGCAAACGCAAAAUCCUAACAGAGUAUCUGGCAGAGAGAGCCCAGGAAGAGGUGGAGUUUGAGAGGGUCUUUUAUGUCGGAGACGGUGCCAAUGACUUCUGCCCUUCUGUGACUUUGACUUCAGCUGAUAUUGCUUUCCCACGGAAGGGCUACCCCAUGCACCGGAUGACCCAAGAGAUGGAGAAUAAGCAACCUGGAGCCUUCCAGGCCACUGUCGUUCCCUGGGAGUCAGCUACAGAGGUCACCUGCUAUCUCCAGGAGGUCCUCAAGAAGUGUUGAAGAUAGCUCAAAAGAGGCUUGUUUACUAUAAGCAUCUAGGAAAGGAGAAUCCUGGAGGGUCAGGUCCUCUACUCCAUGCUCAUCUGGCACUACUCACUGGGACUCCAAUUCCUGGGCUGCUUUCCUGCCUUUCUCUCCACGCUCCUUUCUCCCCAGUGGUAAAAGCACUUUCUCAACCCUCCCGACCCCAGCCUUUCCCUUUUCCAUUGCCAUGUUGAGAUGACGCCUUCUCUAUGCAGCUUGGACAUCAACUCCAGUGUCGGUGCUUGACAACACUAACAGUGUGUUUUUUUUUUUUUCCCUUUUGACUUCACAAGAGCAAUUCUUUAAAAUCCAGAAGCCAGCUUUCCUGAAAGCUGAGCCCUGCACAUCCUUCCUCUUGACUUCAACCUGCUCUCCCCCUGCUCAUCUUUGCUUGCCACGCAGAAACUGCGUGCUGUCACCUUCAACCUGAUGCUCUGAGGGCUCCUUGCCUCUUCAGGAAGCUAUUAGAAAUUUAAUCUAUGAAAUUUGUGCUGCCCAGGCUCCACAGCUUGACAUGCACCCCACGCCUUGCUCAGCUGGUGAGCCUUUUGCUGGAGUUAAUUGUUGCUUAAGACUAGUUUCUGGGGGAAAAAAAAAAAAAAAAAGAGUAGCAUAAAGCCUUUUGGAAAGGUGGUACCUUGCAAAAAA